GACUCCAGCACCCACCAGAGAGCAGAAUGCCAGCCAGUCGUGGGAACCACAGGAGGUGCCAGGCACCCUCCGUGACGCCCACCUCCACCCAUGUGGCCCACUCACCUCUCUGCUUCCUGCAACUGGCGCUGUUCCUUGUCCUCUCAGGGGCCUCAGAGCAGAGCAGCUGGAGCGAGUGGCAGGUGCUGCAGCCGGAGGGCCCCAUGCUGGUGGCGGAAGGUGACACCCUCCUGCUGAGGUGUACAGUGGUGGGCUCCUGCGUUGAGGAUAUGAUAAAAUGGGUCAAAGUGAGCUCUCAGGACCAGCAGGAAAUUUACAACUUCAAACGCGGCUUCUUCCCUGGCGUGUUGCCGGCGACCCAGCGGACACUGGAGCGUCCUGACUGCGAUUAUUCCAUCUAUAUCUACAAUGUCACCCGGGAGCACACUGGAACCUACCACUGUGUGAGGCCCGCAGGCUCGAGUGAGGCCCUAGCGACAAAGCUGGACGAGGGCACCUCUGUGACCGUGCAGGGACCUGGGGACCCUGAGCCGGACCUGUGGGUCAUCCAGCCGCAGGACUUGGUGUUGGUGACCGCAGGAGACACCGCGCUGCUGAACUGCACAGUGCUGGGGGACGGUCCGCCUGGCCCCAUCAGGUGGUUCCGGGGGACUGGUGUCAGUCGCGAGGCCAUUUACAACUUUGAAGGCCUCUCCCACCCCAACGUGACGGCAGCACGGGCCUCCGAGAGUGACUUCAGUAUUCUCCUGCAAGCCGUCUCCACCGAGGACACAGGCAUCUACUACUGUGUAAAGUUUCAGAGGAAAUCCAACAGACAGUACCUGUCCGGGCAGGGGAGCAGGCUGAGGGUGCAAGCAAAGCCCCCGUCUCCCACAGAGACCGAUGAACCUGCCGUUCAGAUAUCUCCGACAGGCCUCCCGUCUGUGCCCAUGCUUGUGGUCCUGGGGCUGAAGUCAGUGACCUUGGCUGCACUCCUACUGGCCCUGGCUGCCUGCCGGCAAAGAAGGCUUCAAGACCCCAGGCCCAGCGGAGGCGGGCACAGCUUAGCAUGGGGAAAGCACAUGAGUGACAGGCCAGCCCCAGAGUACAUGCUCUGAGUUGGAGACAAGCUCCUCAACCUCCAAUCCCAGCCUCCAAUGCCAGCCUCCACAUGCCCCCCAGGCCUGAGGACAAACUCCUAGAUCCCAUCACCUGGUUGCAGUCACCUGGUGAAAUUCUCCCCUUGGCGCUGGGCUCCCAUCCCAUGUGCGCGUCUCUCUCCUCUCAGCCUUCGAGUCCUCCUCGUCCUUCAAGCCCUCAAACCUGCUGCAGCCUCUUCCUGAGAGCCUCCCUCCCUCUGUGCCUUCCCAUGUCUUUCUUGUCCUUCAAGACACAACUCAGAGUCUUCUUCCCGGGUUUCCCUGGGCAUCUGAGCUCACCCAGCCACAGGUGGUGCCUCUCCGUUCACAUCCCUGUCUCGCAGCUCCUCCUCCUUCCCUUCCCAGCGGGGCUGGCUUGGUGCGAUAAUUACGAUGCAGGUUCGGGGGGCGGGAUCUCUCAAAUAACAGCGGCUUAAACCUGAAGAAAGUUGAUUUCUCUAGGAAAAUCUGACCACAAGCCAAUCAGGCCACAUAGGAGCUCCCUGGUAUGCAGACUCCUUGACCUCGAUGCUACCAGGCCCACAUUCUAUAGGAAGAUGUCAGGAAGCAGAAUAUGACCUUCUCCUUUAAGGGCACAGUCGGGAAUUUGCCCACCUCGCACCUCAUUGGCUGGAAGUUGGUCACAUGGUGGGUGUUCAGGGAUGCUAUUGGCGGAGGCAAGGUAUAAGAAGGCUGCUGCUGGAGGACGAGACAGGUCGAGUCCCUGUUCGCAGUAAGCCUCAUUACCGCGACAGCUCCUGCCACCAAUAGGAGUGAAGUGGGCAGUAUUCUAAUUGAGUUUUCUAAAGUAACCGAUAGGGGGAAAGUGGACACUACGCUGAUCAGGUAUCAUAAGGUGACCAAUGGGGACAAGUGGGGAAGGUCUCCAAACAGGUCCGCAUAGGGAAGAGACCGCCUCACAGCCCAGCACAAAAGACACUAGCAUCCAGACAUGGGGCCCUGGACCUCGCUCUAGCUCACCCAGCGCUACUUCACCUCCACCUUCAACAAAUCUGUGUGUCUUGCUCGAUUCUUUGUACCGGACACCAAGGACCUGGACCCCAGCUAGACACCCUGAUAAUAACAGUCACCCCUAGCUGCAAGGAAGGCUGGGGAUUGGCAUGUUUAUUCUGGCAGACAGGUGCUCAGUGGAAAAUUUUCAUUAGAGGACUGGAGGGUAGAUAUUAAGGAAUAACCGGUGAGGUCCAGGUCGGUGGUGGACAGGCAGCCUCUUACUGGCUUGUGGAACUCCUGAGUUCAAUUCCCAGCUGCACCACCACCUCUUUCCACCAUCACCUCCACUAGGGAGCAUAACGUAGGUAGUGCAGCAGUUCCCAAGAAGAGUGGUUUUGCAAUUCCGGAGGCUGAGGUAGGAGGAUCACAAGCUUGAGGCCAGCCUCAGCAACUUACAGAGGCCCUGUCUCAAAAUAAAA